AAGAACCUGGCUUCGCUGGACUGUUUCCCCUGAAAGCCUAUUAAUUUGGCACUUUCCCUUUUCAAUAUAUAGACAUACUGCGCUUCAUCUGCAAGCUACCAAAAUGUCUAGGGUAGCAAGAUUCCGAAGUCAAGUCAGUGAGGAUCCAGAUAUUGACAACUUAUUGUCUACGCUCUCUGCUGAGGAGAUGGAAGAGCUAGAAAAAGAACUGGAUGCCUCUGAUACAGAUGCAAACAUUCCUGUGGGGUUGCGGCAGAGAGACCAAACUGACAAGCAACCAAGUGGCAAAUACAAUCGAGAGGCAAUGCUCAAUUAUUGUGAGAAGGAGAGCAAGAAAAUUCUUCAGAGGGAACAAUCAAUGGAUGAAGAGAAAGCAGCAGAGAGGAAGAAAGAUGUGAAGAUUGUUGAAGAAAAACGAAAGGAAACCCAUGGUAGAGAUCUGAAAAGAAACAAAUCUUCUGAUCUCGGAAAAGAAGGGAAAAAAGAAGAAAAUGUCCAGAAAGCUAAUCAGAAAGGGAAGGAUGAACUGGACACUACUAAGAACACUGGGCCAGUCAAUGAAGAGAAGAAGGAGGCAAAGAAGUUACCCAAAGACAAAUACAAAGCCAUCUCAGUGGACAACAAUGAAAUUAAAGGAAGGUGGGAAGAAAAGGGCCUGGCAGCCAAGAUCAAAGCAGUUGAGGAAAAAAGGAAAGAAGAAAAGACAACAGAGCUGAAGAGGGGGACUGAAAAGGACAAAAAGACGGGGGAGAAAAAGGAACCAGAAAAAACUGGAGAAAAAGGUUCCGCUUUAAAGUCAGGCUUAGACAGAAAGGCAGAAGACAAAAAGGAAUCUGAAAAAACAGGAGAAAAGGGUUCCGCUUUAAAGUCAGGCUUAGACAGAAAGGCAGAAGACAAAAAGGAAUCUGAAAAAACAGGAGAAAAGGGUUCCGCUUUAAAGUCAGGCUUAGACAGAAAGGGAGACGAUAAAAAGGAAUCUCAAAAAACAGGAGAAAAAGGUUCCGCUUUAAAGUCAGGCUUAGACAGGCGGAGAGAAGACAAAAAGGAAUCGGAGAGAAAUGGAGAGAAAAGUUCAGCUGUAAAGCAAGGAUCAAAGGUUGGCAGUGAGGCAAAAUCCCCAACAGAUAGCAAAGGAACCUCCGAGGGGAAAACCUCAAUGUCAGGGCAAGAGAAAGAAGGGACAACAGAGGCUCCUGAGAGCAGCCCCUCUCAACUGGCAGACGGCUCUUCCAGCCAGGGCACGGAAGAGGAAGCCACCAGCAUCUUUGAUGAGCCCUUGGAGAAAGUGAAGAAUAACGACCCAGAGAUGAUAGAGAUCAAUGUCAACAACUCCGACUGCAUCAACAACGAGAUCCUGGUGCGCUUUGCCGAGGCCUUGGAAUUCAACACCGUCGCCAAGGUCUUUGCCCUGGCCAACACACGCGCAGAUGACCAUGUUGCUUUUGCCAUUGCCAUCAUGCUGAAGGCCAACAAGACGCUGACCAGCAUCAACCUGGAUUCCAAUCACAUCACGGGCAAAGGGAUCCUGGCCAUCUUCCGUGCUCUGCUGCAGAACAACACUCUGACCGAGCUCCGCUUUCACAACCAGAGGCAUAUCUGCGGAGGGAAGACGGAGAUGGAGAUAGCCACCCUGCUGAAGGAGAACACCACCCUUCUGAAGCUGGGCUACCACUUUGAGCUGGCAGGACCCCGGAUGACCGUGACCAACCUGCUGAGCCGCAACAUGGACAAGCAGCGGCAGAAGCGCCUGCAGGAGCAGAAGCAGGCUCAGGGAAAAGGGGAGAAGAAGGACUUGCUGGAGGUGCCAAAGGCAGGAGGCCUGCCAGCUGCUUCUUCACCUAAGGCCUCACCAAAGCCAUCCCACAAAACGUCCCCUAAAGUUUCCCCUAAGAAAGCUGGAGCCCCAGAAGCACCACCUCCACCUCCUCUGGCUCCUCCUCUGGCUCCUCCUCUGGCUCCUCUCCUGGCUCCUCCCCUGAUCAAUGAAAACUUACGGUUGUCACUCUCUCCGGCAUCUCAGAGGAAGAUGGUAGAAAAAGCUCUCCCUCCGCAAGAGAAGAACUCCAGAGACCAGCUUCUGGCAGCCAUUCGUUCCACCAAUGUCAAACAGCUGAAGAAGGUGGAGGUUCCCAAGAUACUGCAAUAGGGAGCAGAAUCCAGAUUUCCCUGGAAGGAUGAGAUUACCAAGGCUGAAUCACUAUGUUUGUCUCUCAGGUGACUGUUUACAUGAGAAGGACUCAGCAGGAGCAGGAAGCUGCCUUGCUCCAGUCCCAAAUGAGCAGUGUUCUCUACGGGGUUGAACUGAAUUGGAUAAAAGGAUUGAAUGAGCUGCCAAGGAGACGUUGUGUCAGGAAGAAGCAAUAUUUAUUUUUAGAGCUUUUCAACCACGAAACUUUUUUUUCCCCGUGAGAGGAAUGGUCUGCAGACGCUCAGAGUGUUAUGUAGCUGGGUUAAUUGUCCAAUCCCCCCCCCCUUUUCGGAGUUUUGAAAGAAAAGUGGGAAGUAUUGAAGAAGCCUAUAUUUGCAGCAUCCCUGCUUAUCUUAAGACAGCAUGGCAAUCACUUGCCACUAGAAAUAUAUACAAGAGUUAAGCCACACUGGAGUAGCAGCACAGAAGAAGAAAACUGCCAGGCUCAUCUUCAGCACAAAAUGACUCCAAAAUUGUGUGUGUUUGCGCAUGCACACACACAAAGCAGCAGCAUGUUCUUGCCAUUUGCUGCUAAAUCUAACUGGUAGCACCAAUGUCACUCUACCUGGAAUAUUAUGAAGCAGAAGGUUGGAGGAGAAAUCACUGGGCCAAAUCUAAUUUCCUAAUGUCUCUGUGAUCUCAAGGAUUCCAUUUCUCUGAUAGAUGAUCAUGCAAAGGCUGGGUUUGUUCCCUGAAGAAGCAUGAAAAGCAUUGCAUGUUUCUGUGUUUUGAAUGUGUGUGUAUGUAAAUGGCUUCUCACCGUACUGCAAUCAAACCUUUAAGCACACGCGUGGGCAAUGGCUCUGAAAGGAUUACGGAUUGUGCUGCCAUGAUGGGGGGAGGGGGGGAGCUACAUGGUGCUUGAACCUCUGACAUAAGCAGCAUCUUCCAAACUACUAUUGUGAUGCCUAAUCUUAAGAGGCCUGAUGGGAGGGAAGGAGCACAUUAUGGUUGGCCAUGUAAUGGAGGUGAUGGCAAACGCAAGCAGUGGCUGUUAUGUGUAUGACAGAAGGGGGGCCUUGAAAGCUUGCAUUGGGAAACCUUCAUUCAGAAUCUCCAGUGCUCAGGGCACACAAGUUCUCAUUCAUAUAUUUCUCGCACUUGGGCAGCAGCUGUGUCAUGACAGUCAAGAUCAGGCUUCCUCAACCUCGGCCCUCCAGAUGUUUUUGGCCUACAACUCCCAUGAUCCCUAGCUAGCAGGACCAGUUGUCAGGGAUGAUGGGAAUUGUACUCUCAAAACAUCUGGAGGGCCGAGGUUGAGGAAGCCUGGUCAAGAUGACAGUAACCUAGCAGAGAGUACAGAACUCCUGCUUCACUCGUUUGCUACAGAAACAGCAUAAGGCUUGUUUUUGGGACCAGAAGGUUUCUGUGCCAAUUCAGAACUUUUCAAAAUAGUUCAACAUCUGCUCAUUUGAAGUGAAAGAGGCACUCCGAAGGGAGUAGCAUUUGUGGCCUGUUGACCAGUGUCUCCUGAACUAUGGUCAACAAGCCAUAGCAUGUGGGCUGUGAAGAUACUAUGUCCUCCAACCAACCUGUGUGUCAGAUUCAGCUUCCGUGUCUUGUCUCUUCUCUUUGCAGGCAAGCAAAGUCCAGCUCAUACAUUACCUUUGCAGCAUGGUAGCUGCCCAAUGCUCUCCUGCGGUUGCCUUCCCAUUAUGCACUGGUAACAUGUGGAUGUUCUGCAUUUCCACAGAUAGCCUGGAAUGCAGGAGUAUUUCCCAUGCCAGCAACAGCAGUUCCAGUGGAGGGGCACUGCCCAUGUAUGUAAUUCAGACUCCCUGUGUAGUGUGCAGGAACAUCCAUAUGCUGCUGAUGUUCAUUUGGGUCAACCACAUGGAAGCACUUUUGAAGUAGCAAGUGUGCCACAAAGAGAAUGUAUGGAGGGGGCCUGCAAGAAGAAGAGUAACCAAUGGCAUCAUCUUUCUUCCUUACUCCUGCAUGGAGUGAGUGAUGGAUAAUAGCGGUAUACCAGUUCAGCUACAAGGAUGUUGCCCAGUUCAGUUCCUUGCAGCUUAACUAGUUUGCUGCUCAGCCUGUACAUAAAGAAAGAAAGAUUAUAUCUAUGCAUUUGUAUGGCUGUAAGAGUUUAAUAUAUAGACAGAUGGAUAUAUAUCUUAAUAGAUUUCCUCUCUAAGGAGCAGGGUUUUAUUUCUCACACAAACUGCCAAAGCUUGUCUGCACUGAGAUGGUGCCAAGUGAUGCAGGUGCAAGUGACUGGGAAGUGAUUUGCUUACUGGUCUGUUUAAAUCAGUUUCCAGAUCAGGAAACUCAUUCAUGGUUCCUCUGCGGUAGGAGAGAAACCAGCAAGAUUUCUCACCCAGGAACAGGUAGUAUAGAACACUCUCCCCCGCAAGCUGCACAUGUGUUCAUCCUUCCAUGAAGGACAAGUGGAACUCCUGUUAACGUGUCUAUGGAGAUCCUCGCAACACAAAAAGGCUUUCCCUGCCUCUUCUGUUAUCCAGCUGAGCAUGCAAACUCUGCAGUUAGAGGGGUCCUAAGAAGUGAGGGUAAAAUACAGGAGGGGGUUUAUGUAGCACUUGAAAGAGAACUGUUCUUUGUGGGUUUUAGGUUUUUUUUAAUCAGUCUUUGGAGAGGGAAUCUGUGCUUGCUUACUGAAAAAGAAAGCAGUAUUGGAUUUAGAUCUGUAGCACAUUUUGGACAAAUGUUGGAGAAGGAGAGAGAAAUAACAAGAGACAAAUCACUUGAGCAGGUGAUCUCGGGUGCAGAAGCUGCUGCAGUUUUCAGUUCCAACUCAUGAGUGUAAAUCUUAUUUGAAAUAUGUACAAAAUCACCCACACUUUCAUUAAUAAAGCUCACAAAAUGCUGCUAAUGGCAAGUAGUGGAAAAUUCUGAGGCUGUGGGCAGUGAAUACCUUUAGACUUAUGCAAGUACGUGCAGAUUUGGGCAGCUUUGUAGGUGUGUCAGCUGGCAUCUGGCAUCAGAAUCAUGUUUCAAAUACCCCAUGAACUCAUUUAUUACUGUUACCCACUUGACAUGUGGGCAACUGAGGUUAAGAAGCAAUGGUUUUCUUGCAAUUGUAGUUGGUCUGAUCACAGAGUCCAGAAUUUUUGUUUCGGGUCCAGCUCAAAAUAGGUGAUGAAAUAAGUGGAUAAUUG